UCAUCCAUAUACACCGUCUUUCAAUCACACCAUUCACUCGAUCUCCUCUCUCUAAAUCCAUGGCCAUAUCCUUUGAGUUUCUCUCUCUACCCACCGCUUCUUUCUGUUGAUAAGUUCAAUCAGUCGUUAAAAUUACAGACAUUGGCCGGCAAACUGAAUAAUUCCACCACUAAUCGCCGCAUCUAGAUCUGUAAGCAAAAAUGAUUAGUGGGCAUGAUUUCUACACCGUGAUGGCGGCGAUGGUACCGUUAUACGUGGCUAUGAUACUGGCCUACGGCAGCGUACGGUGGUGGAAGAUCUUUUCUCCUGACCAGUGCUCUGGCAUCAAUCGGUUUGUGGCUAUUUUCGCCGUUCCUCUUCUGUCGUUUCACUUCAUUUCUUUGAAUAAUCCUUACGAGAUGAACUUCCGGUUCAUCGCUGCCGAUACCCUCCAGAAAAUCAUUAUGCUGGUCGUGCUCGGACUCUGGGCUCAUUUCUCGAAGAACGGGAGUCUGGAAUGGAUGAUUACGAUCUUUUCCCUUUCGACGCUACCCAAUACCUUGGUGAUGGGGAUUCCGUUGCUCAUCGCUAUGUAUGGUGAUUAUUCGGGAUCGUUGAUGGUUCAGGUGGUCGUCCUGCAGUGCAUCAUAUGGUACACUCUGCUGCUAUUCUUGUUCGAGUACCGUGGAGCCAAGAUUCUGAUUAUGGAACAGUUCCCGGAAACCGCCGCGUCGAUUGUGUCGUUUAAGGUGGAAUCAGAUGUUGUUUCUCUCGAUGGGCAUGAUUUUCUGGAAACAGAUGCUGAGAUUGGAGAUGACGGAAAGCUUCAUGUGACGGUGAGGAAAUCGAAUGUUUCGAGAAGGUCGCUCGGACUCGGUUCCCUCGCCGGAAUGACUCCACGGCCAUCGAAUUUAACGGGGGCGGAAAUCUACAGUUUGAGCUCGUCGAGAAAUCAGACUCCAAGAGGGUCGAAUUUUAACCACUCUGAUUUUUACUCUAUGAUGGGAUUUCCCGGUGGCCGGUUAUCGAAUUUUGGGCCGGCGGAUAUGUAUUCCGUUCAGUCAUCAAGAGGUCCGACGCCCAGACCGUCGAAUUUUGAGGAGAGUACAGCUCCUGGACCUUUAAAUUCUCCGAGGUUUGGAUCUUACCCAGCGGCGGCUCAGCCCUCAUCUUACCCGGCGCCGAACCCGGAAAUUACAUCCACCGUAACGAAAACUGCAAAAGCCCUACAACCACCACAUACGCCGCCACAACCAAAUGGUUCACAAAACAAGGGUAAGAAUGACGACAAAGAGCUUCACAUGUUCAUCUGGAGUUCCAGUGCGUCGCCGGUUUCCGAAGGCGGUGGGCUCCACGUGUUCGGCGGUAAUGAUUUCGGAGCUACAACGGAACAGUCAGGUCGACUGGAUCACGACGACGCCAAGGAAAUCCGGAUGGUAGUCUCCUCCGAUCACCACCAAUACGCCGAAACGAAGGGGGCGGGAGAAUUCCGGCGGGAUGACUUCAGUUUCGGUGGUGGCAGAGAUGGAGAUGAUGAAAGAGAUAAAGAGGGUUCUGCUGGUCUAAACAAACUGGGAUCGAGCUCCACGGCGGAGGUCGGUCCUAAGGAGAUGCCGGUUCUUGACGGAAAUACCGGAAAACAGAUGCCGCCGGCGAGUGUGAUGACUCGAUUGAUACUGAUUAUGGUUUGGAGGAAACUUAUCCGGAACCCGAACACGUACUCCAGCCUCAUUGGUUUAAUCUGGUCUCUUGUUUCAUUCAGGUGGCAUGUGGCAAUGCCAAAAAUAAUAGAGAAAUCAAUCUCCAUACUCUCGGAUGCUGGUCUUGGAAUGGCCAUGUUUAGCUUAGGUUUGUUUAUGGCACUUCAACCAAAGAUUAUAGCGUGCGGAAAUUCAGUGGCUACGUUUUCGAUGGCUGUGAGGUUUUUGACGGGACCAGCGGUGAUGGCAGCUGCUUCGAUUAUAGUUGGUCUCCGUGGUACCCUCCUACAUGUCGCCAUCGUGCAGGCUGCGCUUCCACAAGGAAUCGUUCCGUUCGUUUUUGCCAAAGAAUAUAAUGUUCAUCCAGCAAUACUCAGUACUGCGGUGAUUUUCGGAAUGUUGAUUGCACUACCUAUAACUCUGGUCUACUACAUUCUUCUUGGGUUGUGAGACAUAAGUAAGGAACAUAACAUGGGGAAGAUGAGCAAAUCUUUAAGGUGGAAUGUCGGAUUUGUGAAAGACAAAAAUUUAGUCAACCCAACAAGUUCGUUUUUCGAGGAUUUUAUAAGAGCAGAUGCAUUUAAUGAGCGGGAAAUCCUGUAGACUCCGAAACAAUUGGAAGAUGGAAAGUUUGACGUGUUUUGAAGCACCUCCCCUUGAUAUUAGGAUCUUGCUCCCUAAAUCAGAUACUAAGUUUCCAAGAAAGCAAUCGAAGAGAUAGCUUUUGAAGAGUAAAACAAGGAAAUAUGACAAAAUUUGGAGUAAAAAAAGGAAUAUUUGUAGUUGUAUAUUGGCAUAUUAGUGUAAUAUAGACAAAAAUUGUUUGUUGUAUGUGUAUUUUUUAAUGUAAGUAAUUUAGAAUCAAUAUGAUUGUUUCCUUGUUUAUAUGUUCA